GCUCUCUAGUAACAACUUGCUUAUGGCGGUAGAAAGAGCAGUGAUAGAUGUGGCUGUUUUUUCCAUGAUCUUUUCUAUGGACUCAACUUGCUGAAACAUGCCAUCACAUUUCGAUGUGAGUGCAACCUCAAGGAGUGUGUCAAUUUUCUCAUCAAUAUUGGCCUUCAAUUUUCCUUUUUUUCCCAGAAGGCUUUUGCAUGGAGUACACAGAAGUGGCGUUGCAGGUGGUUCUUCCACAAGUACAACAUGGAUGCAAGAGAUAGUGCCUCUCAUAGUGAGUGAAGGAGAUUUCACUCCCGUGCUGACUGUGCCAAACUGGGACAGAUCACCAUGGCUGGAGGAACAUCGGGCAAUAUUGCUCAAUCUAGAGCAAAGACCAUCUCCUCGCAUCUUUGCAACCCACUAUCACCACCAAAUGAUGAAUGAGUCUUUUUUCAAAAUAAAACCGAGGGUUCUUUAUGUCUUGCGCAACCCAAAAGAUGUGUUCACAUCUUCAUUCCACUACUAUGGAAUGGCCUCAUACCUUGUGAACCCAGGGACCCAAGACGAGUUCAUGGAGAAGUUCCUUGAUGGAAAAAUCAUGUUUGGUUCCUGGUUUGAUCAUGUGAAAGGAUGGUUAAAUGCUCAAGAUAAAGAACACAUACUCUUCAUUUUCUAUGAGGAUAUGAUAUCUGAUUUGAAAGGAUCUGUGAAGAAAAUGGCCCAGUUUCUAGGAAAAUCUCUGAGCCCAGAAGUGACUGAAAAGAUAGCUGACCACUGUGUUUUUAAGAACAUGAAGCAAAACAAGAUGUCUAAUUACUCUCUCGUACCAGUGGAGUACAUGGACCAAAAGAAGUCUGAAUUUCUGAGGAAAGGAGUGGCUGGUGAUUGGAAGAAUCUUUUCACUGAGGCACAAGAGCAGCGAUUUAAUGCUGUGUAUAAAGACAAAAUGAAGGAUUUGAAUUUCAGAUUUGUGUGGGACUGACAAAAUGCAUUUUCCUAAAUCAACACGUCAUGUUCCACAUCUCACUGCAUAAUUUUAUAACAUUCUGUGGUGGAAAUAAAAUUUUAAA